AUGAAAAUAUAUGAAGUAUACCACUGGGAGGAAACCACUCAAUAUGACCCUAAAACCAGUGAAAGCGGGCUGUUUGCCAAUUACAUAAACACAUUUUUAAAGUUUAAGCAAGAGGCAAGCGGCUCCCCUGACUGGAUACAAAAUGAACAAGACAUGAAGAAUUACAUAACUCAAUAUAUGGAGAAAGAGGGUGUUUCAUUGGAUCGGUCAAACAUUAGGAAGAAUCCAGGUUUGAGAGCGCUGGCUAAACUAUGUCUCAAUAGCUUUUGGGGUAAGUUUGGUCAACGUCUCAAUAUGCGUCAGACAGAGUUCUUUCACGAAACGCAGGCAAACCUUUUCUUCCAACUGUUUUCUGAUCCUACGAAACAACCACUCAAUUUUCAUAUCCUUUCCAAUGACAUGUUACAAGUAGAAUGGCAAUUCAAACAAGACUGUCAACCCGAAGAUAAUAAAACAAACAUCUAUUUAGCUACUUUUACAACUUGUUGGGCCAGACUUAAACUUUACAGUGUACUCGAAAAGCUCAAUAGGAGGGUUCUGUAUUAUGAUACAGACAGUGUGAUAUAUGUAAGUCGCCCAGGACAGUAUGAUCCUCCAUUAGGUGAUUACUUGGGGGAACUUACAGAUGAGCUUGACGGUGGGGAGUACAUUGUAGAGUUUGUCUCUGGUGGCCCUAAAAAUUACGCUUACAAAACCAGUAAAAAUAAAGAGACGUGUAAGAACCCGUAUUGCUAUAAUGGAAAAAAAUUUAUUUUGGUUCCCUACGAAAAAUAUCGGCGUAUGCAACAGUUCAAGUAUACCGUAUCUGGAGAAACAAAAGAUGAUGAGCCCAUACAUCCUAAAGUGGCCAGAGCCUCAUUAACUCCACCAGGGGAAAGCGCGAUCAAGAAAGAGAAAAAAACUAAAAAGACUCAUAAAGCAAAUAUAGACUGGAUCUCGUUUUAA